AUGUACGACGUAAUGCCGCCUCAUUUGGUGGUUUGUCCGUUCUGUGAACGUCUGUUCUCCAGAUUCUCGAUCGGUCUGCAUCAGCCACAGUGUAAGCAGAAUCCCUACAAAAUGACUGUGGUAAGUUUGGGGAAUGUGGUAUGAGAUGUUUUUAGGUUUAGGUUUUUAGGCUUAGGGUUUUAGGCUUAGAUUGCCAGAUUGAGGUCUUCAUCUUUAGGUCUUUAGCCUUUUGGGCUUAAAAUUAUUUUUUAGGCUUAAAACUAUUUUUUAGGCUUAGACUUAGGCAACGUUUUAACGUGUGGACUUAGGUUUUUAGGCUUAUGGAUUUAGGCUUAGACUUGUAGAAUUAAAUCUAGAAUUUUUAGACUUAAGAUUUUAGCCUUAAAUUAGGCUUUUAGGCUUAUGCUUUUAAGCUUAGAUUUCUAGGCUUAUGUUUUUUAUGCUUAACCUUUUAGGCGUAGACUUUUAGACUUAGAUUUUUAAGUUCAAACAUUUAGGCUUAGACGUUUACGUUUAGGUUUUUGAAUUUAGGUGAGUAGUCUUAAACUUUUUGCCCUAUUUCCUCGCAGAAAUUUGAAGUAAAAUCCCAGCACACGCAGUCAUUUGUUGGGUCGUUUUACAUCGAGGCAAAUAUUACAAAAAUUAAUAAUAUUGCAUAAGAAACCGUUGCGUAACAUGGUUUCUUGUACUUUCUCUAAGGCUAUGUUACUAUACUAUAAUAUUAGGCAAUGUCAUGCAAAAUGUUAACCAAUUAUCUAGUAGUAAAGGUUUUUCGAAUUUUGUUUUAUGUUGCAAGCUUAACUUUAGUAGGCUUAAACUUAGUAGAAUGAGGCAAAGUACGUUAGGAUAUGUAAGCUUACGGUCAGUAGGCUUAGUAAGCGCAGGCUCCCUUGGAUCAAGCAAUGGUAAGCUUAUAGGCUUGGGUUGGGCUUAGUAGGUCAGUGUGUAACAAGUUCGAAUUAAUGUUAAUACAUUAACAAGACCAAUUUAAAGUUAUAUACAUUAACAAUGUCAAUGUAAACUCACAUAUUCUUUCAGCACAAAGACCUCUCAUCCAAGUCAAAAUCAAAGAAGCCUUCAGGCAAGAAGCGAAGCAAAAGCGUUGGCCACAACGCAAAGUCUUUUCAGAAGGCUAAACUAGAUGAUCGACCAAGUACUACAACUUUUACAUCAAAGACAAAAAGUAGACUUUACCUUAUCUUUAGCGUUAAACGUGAGCUUAACCAUAAAUUGAAGUGUAAGCCCAAGCUCAAAAGAAUUUUUUACAGAACCUCAAGACCUCCCUACUCCAACCACCUCCUCCCUACCUCAAACUUGUUUCGUGUGUGGUCAAAACGUCGACUAUGAGCCCUUAAUCGACCACGAAAUCGAAUGUGAAGCGGUUUGGCGCACGAAUCGACGAGACCUGCCUGCUUAUAUGCAAGUACGAUCGCCAAAGAAAAUGCGCAUACCUAGUGUGGACGGGACCAUAGAUGGGGCUAGACUGGACUGGUACGCUGAAAAAAGUGCUACCGCUGCGAAUCGAGUACGAUGCUUGAAAUGUGGCAGGGUGGAGAGGUUUGACGAUGCUUGUGGGCAUCAGUGUGCACGUUUCGAGCCUACUGUGCAGUUUUACUUUUGA